AUGAGUGCCUGCACUGUCUAUGUAACCGGCAUGCCGGCCUCGGCGACGGAGGAUGACAUUUUUGACUUCUUCACUCGAAUCGGCAACGUGGCAGAGGUGCACAUGCCCUCCACGGAGCAGCAGCAGCAGCAGCAGCCGACUUCCGGAAUCGCGCCGGCUGUGGAGGUCGUCUUCGACAAACCCGAGGAUGCCGUCAGUGCUGUGUCGAUCAGCGGCAGCGACUUCCAGGAGGACAUCCCAAUCUACAUCUCCGCUGUGGCACCAACCGCCGCUGCGAUGAGGGAGCCGGAGGCCCUCGCUAAGACCACCGCUGCUGACGCUGUCGGCGAUACCAACGGCAACGCGACUGCAGCCGCAGCUCCAGCGGAACCGGGCACCAGCUUGCCGGUACGUCGUUCGGCGGAGACCGAGAGGACAUCCAAGAAUAAGAUUUUGGUCACGUCGAUUUUUCCUCAUACAACGCGGGCGCAGUUGCGCGACGCCUUCGGUGCGUGCGGAGCCAUCUGCGAUCUCCACCUGAUUCCCGCCCGCCACAUGGCUUUCGUGGGCUACGUGACGGAUGAGGCGUACAAGAAGGCCUUGAAGCUUGAUGGAACCAAUGUGAACGGCAGUCCCGUCGUCGUGCGGCCUUGUCCUCCACGCGAUGAUGCGUCUGCGCCUGCGUCCCGGCGCGACGCGUCGCGCCACGGCAAUGACGGCGCCGGUGCCUCUGGGCCGAAACGGCGGGCGCUGGACGUCCGCGUCGUCGUCCACGGCGUCCCCUCUGACGUCACCAAGGAGGCGCUGCGCGCUUUCUUCUCCCCCGACUGCGGGCCGAUAACAGACGUGUACGUCAAGCCAGAGAUCGGCGUUGCGUUUGUGGCCUUCACCUCGGCCGAGAAUGCCAAGCGGGCCAUCAGUAAGUCGGGCGAGACUUUUAUGGGGACCCGUGUGAAGGUGGAGCAACGACUUCCGCUGAUCUGCCGCCGGUGCGACAAAGAGGGACACGUGGCGGCACAGUGCAAGGAGCAUUCGCGCGACUCCCAACGCUACAGCAGCGAGCGCCAUCGCCGUCGUCGCUCGUCCUCUUCCUCGUCCGAUCGCGACCGCCGUCGCCGUCGCCGCUCUGACUCGCUCGACUGCGACCGCCGUCGCCGCUCUGACUCGCUUGACUGCGACCGCCGUCGCCACUCGCGCAGCCGCAGCCCGCCGCGUCGCCGCCGUCACAGCCGCAGCCCGUCACGUCACCGCCGUCAAAAGGAAAGCAAAAGAGACUAA